AUGCGCGCAACCAGAAAAUGGUUCCUGCUCGCUCUGCAGGCACUGGCUCUACCAGUCAGCGCCAAGUCGACCACCUCCAAAGUCACUACUACAGUGCUGAGUACCACAUCGACCUCGUCUGCCUCGGACAUUCUCGUCGUGGUCACCUCCGCCUCGGAAGUCGUUCCCACCGGCAGUUAUCUCAGCUACACCACCACCAUCACCCUCGCCAGGAAUGAGUCGCGGUCAACGACCGAGACGAGUACUCUCACGGCAACUAACACCACCAUCACCAAUGGCACCACCACCACCGCAACCACCACGGACACCGCGGUCCAAUUGAGCGGUACGAGAGUCCUGACCAGCAGCAGCACGGCCACAUCCUCCGCGGGCGCCAAUUCGCAGCCCUGCAAUGGCUACACGGAAUUCUGCGAGAGGAAAUACUCCAACAUCACCAUGGUCACGGCCCAUAACAGUCCCUUCGUCAAGAAGAACAACGUAGCGUCCAAUCAAGCCUACCCCGUCCGGACCCAGCUCGAGGACGGCAUACGCAUGGUAUCUUUCGAAGCGCAUUACUAUGAAGACGAUAUCUACCUCUGCCACACCUCGUGUGAACUCCUGAACAUGGGCACCUUGGAGGCCUACCUCACCAACGUCACCGACUGGCUCAAGGAGAAUCCCUACGAGGUAGUGACCGUCCUGAUCGUGAACUCCGACUACGUGGAUCCCUCCAACUUCACUGCCCCGAUCCAAAAUUCCGGACUGAUCGACUACGCAUACGAGCCGUGGAAGAUCCCGAUGAACGUCAGCGACUGGCCGACGCUAUCGGAGAUGAUCCUCGCGGAGAAGCGCGCGGUCGUGUUCAUGGACUACCAGGCGAAUCAAAGCGCCAUUCCCUACAUCCUGGAUGAGUUCAGUCAGAUGUGGGAGACCCCCUUCUCCCCGCUCAACGCUUCCUUCCCUUGCACGGUGCAGCGACCGCCCGGGAUCACUGCGGCGGAGGCGGAGGAGCGCAUGUACAUGAUCAAUCACAAUCUCGAUAUCGAGGUCAUUUUUGAGGAGGUGGAGAUCCUGAUCCCGGAUACGGCGCAAUUGAAUACGACCAAUGCGGUCUCGGGAUACGGGAGUCUCGGGCUCAUGGCGAACAAUUGUCGCGCUAAAUGGGAUCGUCCCCCGAAUUUCCUGCUCGUGGACUACUAUAACGACGGCAACUUCCCGGGGUCGGUCUUUGAAGUGGCCGCCGCGAUGAACAAUGUGACAUACAAUGGCAAGUGCUGUGGAACCACCAGUGACGCCUCGCAGCCCGUCCUGUCCGCCAGUCUUGGGGUCUUGUUGGUGGUGACGUGGGCUGGGAUGGCGCUGACGUGGGAGAUGCUGUGA